GCGGCCUCCCCCGGCCCAGGGUGCACCGCGACGCCAAGAUGGCGGCGCCCAGCGAGGGCCGGGCGGGCCGAGGGGCCGCGGCGUUCCCGGGCGCUGAGGGCGGCCCCUUCGCCUUCCCCUUCGCCGGCGCCGCGGGCUCCGGGGCGGAGGAGGCGCCCAAGAAGCCGUGCCGGGCCUGCACGGACUUCAAGAGCUGGCUCCGCGAGCAGAGGAAGCGGGCGGCGCCGGGCGGCGGGGUUGUGGUGGAGGAGAAGGAGCCGCCCCCGGACUGCCCCCUGGACAGCGAGCAGCUGGGCCGAAACACCUGGGCCUUCCUGCACACCAUGGCAGCCUACUACCCCGACCGCCCCACCAGCACCCAGCAGAAGGAGAUGACAGACUUCAUCAACCUCUUCUCCAAGUUUUACCCCUGUGAGCACUGUGCCGAGGAUCUGAGGGAAAGGUUGCGAACAAAUCAGCCUGAUACUAGCAACAGAAAUAACUUCUCCCAGUGGUUGUGUCUUCUUCAUAAUGAAGUGAACAGGAAACUGGGGAAAUCUGAAUUUGACUGCUCUCGUGUGGAUGAGCGCUGGAGAGAUGGUUGGAAAGACGGUAGUUGUGAUUAAUCCAUAGAGACUGCUCUGAAAUCUAACAGACCAAUUCACUCUGGUGUUGAGUCACUACAGGGAGAUGUGCGAGUAAAUAUGUGUGUUGGUGCGCCUGUGUGCGUGACUGAUAUGGCUUGUGAAAAUAAAGGUGAAACCAAUUCUGAAAGUCGACUUGAAAAUCUUAUCCUAAUAGCAUUUUGAUAAAUGGUCGUAUCAAAUGCAUCAUCUGAGGGACUGAGGCCUUACAUUUGGCACAGGAAUUCCAGAAACCUGUGAAGUUAAGUUACUGACAAACUUGUGAAGACUUCUUCAUUGCAACAUUUCCGUAUUUUAGGGGCAUUUGCUUGUUUCUGUGACUAGAAUUCCUUUUCCUGCACACUGUUGUAGAGGACUGCCUUGUGACAUUUUACGUUUAUCUGCAAGCACUACCCUGAUGUUGUAGAAAAUGCAUUUUUAAUUGUCAUUUUAACUUCUGUUCUGAUAGGGCAAAUUCAUACUGUGUUUUGUGCCAGGUCUGUACCCCUUGAGCUCUUCUUCAGACAUCUCCAGUACUUGUUGUUAAACUUUCGUUCAGUUGCUUUGCUACAAGCUCUGAAAGCAGGUACGUUUAAUUUAAGUGCUAAAGUCGUGGAACCUUGAUUUCUCAUUUUAUUUCUGUGUUUCAACUUAUGUAAGAUGACAUCGUAGAAAAGGGACCUAAAACAAGACAAAAAAAAAUCACGAAUGGAAGGAAGUAUCAGCUGGGUGAAACUCAAAUGUUUUAAAUUGAUUGCUUAUUUUCUUUGAAUGCGGAAGCAGUAUGACAAGAAGGCCUACAGAGUUUCUUACUACUUCUUACUUUUAAAGCAGAUAAUCGCUCAUCUCUGCUACGAACUGUUGUCAGUUGUGAAAAUAGCUGUAACGGUCUGAGACUGAUACCUGUAAUGAAGCGUAUUCAGUUUUGUUUAGCAUACGGUAUUUCUGAGAUGUCAUUUGUGUUUUGAAAUUCUUGAUUGGGAUUUGCUGACCUGUUUGACAUUCUUGUGUUUUCACCUAGCUAAAGGUCUCCCUAGAACAAAAGGACUUUACAACCCCCCUUGCAGUUUUUGAGUCCAGCUUAAGGUUGUAAUGUCAGCUUUAGAUAGUAUUUAUUGCACAGAAGACUUGAAGGAGUCCCUAAGGCAGAUUCCCUCUAUAGAUACUGGCCAGAAUCCAUGCUACAGGUGUUUGCCCUAGGUCAGCUAUAUUGCAUCAGUGUUACUGAUAUGUAAGUGUGAAUUUCAGAUGAAAGUGCAAUAGCAGCGUAAAUGAUUUACACCGCAACGUGUAUAAAUGCACGUCUCUUUAAAGAGAUAGUUUAUAUAUAACAAAAAGUCUAAAUACUUUCAAAUUCUUAAAAUAGAUAGCAAUAUCGUGCCCUUAUUGCAUUUCUGGCUGUGAAAGUUUGCAGGAGUUUGCACAAACCAUGACAAUAAGAGGCUUCUUCCUUCUGUACUGAGCUUUUCUGGUGUGUUUUAGUAAGCUUCCUUAUUUGAUGCACUGCAGAAUGUUUGUAAAUUUACUGAUAGGGUGGGAGUUAGAUGGUAAUGGUACUUUUAUAGCAGUAUUAGGGUGAUGACGGUCUGUAGCUGAGAACUUUGAUCUUCCCACCUUUGUACGUGGGGCUCCUUAGUGUUUAGAAAAGCAAUCAGAACUUUGGAAAUAUAUUUGGAAGAUAUAUGGCACGUUCAAAUCUUUUCAAGUUGGACCUGUUAAAAGAGUAUGACACGUUUUAUGGACUGGUUAUUCUAGCAAAUUUUAUUUAAUAACAUUCCUAAACACAAACCGAACAAAAUUGAUAAGUGUUUCACGAAGUGUGCAAUCUGACUUCUUACUUCAAAGUAUUUAAGUAGAUUAUUAAAAGUGCUCAGAAAAAUUCCCUAUUGGCACGGUGAGGCUCUUAGAACAAAUAAAUUCAGGCCCCUAGUUCUUGUUUUUCAGUAAUGAACUCAAUUCCCAAAAUGAAGCACGUAGGUAUCCACUAGUGCGGUGAGGACCAACAAAAAGGCUGUAGCCCCCUUUUGUCAGGCUUGGCCUAAAUUGCCAAUGGAUGUGGACAAGCAUUUUCUGCUGGACGUGGUUGUCCUAAGGGAUCAUUUUUCUGUUCCUUUCUAAUCUGCCCUCAACAAUUUCAUUGCUCAUGGGAGCAGGUUAUGAGAUUUCUUGCUAAUUUGCUUCAGUAUAAAUGUGGAGGCUGGUAAAGCACCUGUCUUGUCCUAUUUCAUCUUAGUGCUGAAAAUGGGCCAGGUUAGAGUUGCACUUGUUUGUGCAAGCACACGUGGUCUCUGCUGGCAAGUCCCAGGACUGCUGCUGCCGUUUGCAGGCAAGGGGCUGGUGAUGGGCGGGAGGAUGGCAGCCUUCCGCCGUGCCUCUGUCCACGUCUUGAAAGA